AUGGUUCGCACGUAUCUAAUAUCAUCGACAUCGGCUAGACCGGGGUUCUGUUCCUGGCUAGAGGAUGAGGUUCGUGAUUGGACCUUUUGGUGGUAUGGGAGGCGGAGGGAUUCAGGGAAUGCCAAGUGGGCACAAGGGUUACAGCAGCCCAGUUGCAGUCACAGGUGCCCGGCAUACAGCGGGCUCCAGGGGCUUCUCGGCGCAAUCACCCACUGUGGGACAACAGCCCCCCUGUCCACUGUUCAAGCUUCUCAUUCCUCUGCCUUGCCCAUCCUCGCCCCUGUUCGACACCGUCUUUUGGCCAUCAUACCUAAUAAUGCAAUAACCAAACUACCAAGUUACCUCGAUAUUAGCUUAGUAGCCACCCUUCUGCGGCGCUACCGUCUGGGCCGAGUCUGGGCUGGCUCUUGGUGUUGCAGACUCGAGCAGACCCUGGCCACCAGCGUAGCCUUGGCCAGGCUUGGCCCCGUCCCGUCACUGCUAUUGCAUCUACCCCAAAUAUCGAAAGCCAUGAAGUCCGCGGUUUCUCUCCUCGCCCUCGCUGGCGCGGCCGCUGCUGCCGACCUGCCCGCCAUCGUCGCCAAGGGCUCCAAAUUCUUCUAUCCCAAUGGCACCCAGUUCUUCAUGAAGGGUAUUGCUUACCAGCGUGACAUUGGUGCUGCCGGUGCCAAGUCCGACCCGACCGCCAAGUACAUGGACCCUCUCGCCGACAAGGACGCCUGCAAGCGCGAUGUUCCCUACCUCCAGGACCUCAACAUCAACAUUAUCCGCACAUACGCCAUCGACCCCAAGGAGGACCACUCAUACUGCAUGGGUCUUCUUCAGGAUGCCGGCAUCUACGUCGUCUCCGAUCUCUCUGAGCCUGCCACCUCUAUCAACCGCGACGACCCUCAGUGGAACACUGAGCUCUUUGACCGCUACAAGGCUGUUGUCGACGAGUUGAGCAAGUACCCCAACGUUGUGGGCUUCUUUGCCGGUAACGAAGUCAGCAACUCUGCCAACAACACCGGCGCGUCCGCCUUUGUCAAGGCCGCCGUUCGCGACACCAAGAAGUACAUCAAGGACAACCAAAAGCGCUGGAUCGGUGUCGGCUAUGCCGCCAACGAUGACAAGGACAUCCGCAAGGAGAUUGCCGACUACUUCAACUGCGGAAAGGCCGAGGAGUCCAUUGACUUUUGGGGCUACAACAUCUACUCCUGGUGCGGCACGAGCUCCAUGCAGCUGUCGGGCUACGAUCAGCAGGUCAAGUUCUUCCAGGAUUUCAGCGUUCCCGUCUUCCUUGCCGAGUACGGCUGCAACCUGCCCAACGGCGCCAAGGGCCGCAAGUGGGAGGAAACUGCGGCUCUCUACAGUGACGACAUGACUGGCGUCUUCAGCGGCGGUCUCGUUUACAUGUACUUCCAGGAGGAGAACGACUAUGGUGUUGUCGAGGUCAAAGGCAGCUCUAUUGAGAAGCAGGAUGAUUACGACGGCUUGAAGAAGGCUCACGCGGCUGCCGACCCCAAGGGCAUUACCAUGGACAAGUACACCCCCUCCGGCAAGUCUGCUCAGUGCCCCGACGUCAGCAAGGCCUGGAUGGCUGCUGCUCAGCUUCCCCCCACCCCCGACAAGGAUCUCUGCAAGUGCAUGAGCGACUCUCUCGAGUGUGUUGUUGCCGACAACCUCGACGUAAAGAGCUAUGGCGAUCUCUUUGGCAGCGUCUGCGGUGCCAGCCCCAAGAUCUGUGCUGGCAUCAAUGCUGUCACAAAGCUCGGCAACUACGGUGCCUACAGCAUGUGCUCUCCCAAGGAGAAGCUUUCUUUCGUUCUCGAUGCUUACUACCAGGCCAAUGGCAAGACCUCUGAUGCUUGCGGCUGGAAGGGUGCCAAGAUUCAGAAAGGCACUACCGCGUCCAACUGCCAGAAGAGCCUCAGCGAUGCUAAGGCGCAGAACAGCGCCAUCGCUACUGCUACCAGCAACGUUUCCGCCCCCAAGGCGACCGGCGGCAGCAGCAGCGGCAACGGCAAGGAGAACUUUGGGGUUCGCACUGCUCCCUCAGGCGUCCUCGCCGCUGGCGUAGUAGCCAUGGCUGCCCUCCUUACUCUGUAA